AUGACUUUGAAGGGUGUCUUUUUUAGGUUGCCUCCCCUUUGUGGAGGUGCGAAAAGCCAGACAGGGUGGGGGGUGGGUGGGGGGUGGGUGGGGGGGGGUCAACUGUAUAUAAACCCUGAGAGACUCAGUCAGUCAUUCAAUCAGGAGAACGACACUGGCCUCACUAGAUCAAGCAUGGCUUUGCUCAUCCAGCUGUUCAUUUGUGCCGCAGUGAUCUCAUUCAAUGAGGGAUUCGACCAUGAGGAUAUGAAGCAGGCAAUGCUUCAAAAACUCGGACUAAUGGAACUCCCCAGGAUUCAGAAGAGAGAUCUGGAAAAUCUAGUCAUCCCGGCUCACAUCAAGAACAAAUAUCUGUCCAUGCUUAAACUUCAUAACAAGCGUAAGAGGAGAUCUGUUCCAAGCCUGGCAGGAAUUCUAAGAGGCAUCCAUGGGAAUGCAGAUAUUACAGGAGAAAUCAAGUACUCCGACACAACCCGCCAACGUCUCGUGUUCGACAUGGAGGCCAGGCUGCAAGAAAACACUGAGGUCACUAUGGCCGAACUGAAGCUUUUCCAGACAGCUGCACAGAAUCCAUCCAAACCUGAGCGGAGGAACCACAGACCCAUAAACAACGCCAGAGUGAGCAUCUACUGGGUGGAAGUGCUGGGAAACGGCUCCAAUAGAACAUCACUCAUAGACUCAAGACUGGUUCCCAUCCAUGAGUCUGGCUGGAGGAGCUUUGACGUGACUCAGGCGAUACAUUAUUGGUCUAAAUCCCAGAAAAAAACACCUUUGCAUCUGGAGGUGUGGACUGAGGGAGAGAGGCCCGGUAGCUAUGCUGCUGAAAUGGCCAAAAGAGUGCGCUUUGCUACACAGGACCCAAAGGAGAACACCCUAGAGAAGGAUAUGGGUGCACCAGAACUUGUGUUUUACACCCUAAACCUAGAUGAAUAUGGAUCCCAGGGUAACUGUAACUCCAGCCCAAACAGCAGCAAGUGUUGCCGGGAGGAGCAUUUCAUCAACUUCCGUGAGCUCACCUGGACUCAGUACUGGAUCAUUGAACCGGCCGGGUACCAGGCGUUCAGAUGUGCAGGAGGAUGCAAGCAGCCCAAGCGCGGUUACUAUGGAUACGGGCAGAGGACCUGUGCGGUGAUGGAGAGCACGCCGCUGCCCAUGAUGUAUCUGGUGAAAAAGGGAGAUUACACUGAAAUUGAGGUGGCAGAAUUCCCCAACAUGAUUGUGGAAAAGUGUGGCUGCUCCAUGGACAAAAUCCCCCCGGUCUGAGACUGUCUGUGGUUUGCUCUCAAAUGAGAGGUGAAGAUGUUGUAAUCGAAAUGAAAUGUCUCAGAGUUAUUUAACUGAAAUUCACAUGUUGCAAAUCCCCACUGAGCACUUGAAAAUAAAAUUAUUUAAGAAUUAUUAGAUUAUGUAAUGUAAGCAAUAGACAUU